AGGGGCGGGGCGGGGGGGGCCACCGGAGGGUGGUCGGUGUCGGUGGGGUCGGUGUUCGGGGGUCCGCAGGCCUGGUGUGCGGCCAUGGAGCGGUCGUCGUCGUCGUCGUUGUGCGGGUUCGGGGCGGAGGAGGGGCCUGCGGGCGGCGCCCGGCAGCAGGAACGGCAUUACCGCUUGCUCUCCGCCCUCCAGGGCCUCGUCAACGAGCUGCCCAGCUCGUGCCAGCAGCGGCUGUCGUACACGAUGCUGAGUGACCUGGCCCUGGCCCUGCUGGACGGCACCGUGUUCGAGAUCGUGCAGGGCCUGCUGGAGAUCCAGCACCUCACCGAGAGGAGCCUGUACAGCCAGCGGCUCAAGCUGCAGAGCGAGCACCGUGGACUCAGACAGGCCAUGCUGCACAGGCACAAGGAAGCCCAGCAGAGCUGCCUGCCCCACAACCUGGCUUUGCUCCGAGCAGCCCAGCAGCGUGAGCAGGAGGCCCUGGAACAGCGGGUCAAAGAGGAGCAGCAGAUGAUGGACCAGAAGAUCGUACUGGAGCUGGACCAGAAGGUGGCCGACCAGCAGAGCACACUGGAGAAGGCCGGUGUCACGGGCUUCUACGUGACCACGAACCCUCAGGAGCUGACUUUGCAGAUGAACGUGCUUGAGCUCAUCCGGAAGCUGCAGCAGCGGGAAUUCCGGGGGGCCGAGCCGGGCCCCUGAGUCCAGCCUGAGGAACAGAGGAGACGGCAUGGACCUCAUCCACGAGCCGGGCCUGACUGGCUCCCGAGAGAGGAGCGUGGCCUCCUGGGACAAGUUUUCCCAGGGCUCAGGACAGCUUCCUGUGACCCCCGGGGCCCUGGGGAAGCAUCCAGUCCAGGCAGUGGUGGAGAGGAGGAAUGAGGAGAGAUUGGGUCCCCCUCCACCAUCAGACCAGCUCCAGGGACCAUGAGGGUCAGGGGGAGGCCGGGCCAUGGGCCUCAACGAGGCGGUUGACCUUUCAGGAUUCGCCGACGGCUGGUCCCAGGACUGGCCUGGGCAGAGCCCCUGGGUGAUCCCGGGCCAUGGCCGGCGUUGCCAGGGGGUCAAGCCCACUCUGAUGCCGACGGAUGGGGGACGCAGCCCUAGGAGCCCUGGGUCGGAUCCACGGCUUGGUGCGGGAGGCCACCCCCACCCCCGAAGCAGCAAUAAAAGUUCUGCACCGGU